CGAAAACACUAGGACAACUAUUAAAGGGGCGUAACCACCUACAUUUCCAAUUUUGGUACCAAACAUGAAAGAAGCCAUCCUCGCACAGAACUGAAAAUGGACAACUUAUCAGGAAUGAUCUCUGGACUGUUUGAAUCAGCCACCCCUUACAAAAACCAGAAGUACAGUCAUCUGAAGAAGGAAUGUGUGAGCGCUGGACGACUUUUUGAAGACCCGGUGUUUCCCCCAGUGGCAAGCUCUCUGUCAUACACUGGUUAUGCUCCCAGAGAUAUCGUUUGGAGAAGACCUGGGGAAAUAUCGAGUGACCCUAAAUUCUUUGAUGCUGGUGCUAGUGCUGAUGAUUUUGCCCAGGGUUCUCUGGGAAACUGUUGGUUUGUGGCAGCCUGUUCAUGUAUCGCUGAGGAUAAAUCACUGCUGAAAAAGAUUGUACCAGACUACGAGGAACAAGAAUGGACUAAGGACAACAAAUAUGCUGGUAUAUUUCACUUCAGAUUUUGGCAGAUGGGUGAAUGGAUAGAUGUUGUCAUAGACGACCGUCUCCCGACCAGGAAUGGGGAACUCGUCUAUGUACAGUCCCACAGCAAAAAUGAAUUCUGGUCAGCGCUGCUGGAAAAAGCUUAUGCAAAAAUUUUUGGAGAUUAUGAAUCAUUAAAAGGAGGACAAGCCAAGGAUGCGAUGGUGGACAUGACAGGGGGUGUUGGGGAAGGGUUCGAGCUGACAGAAUUCGUGAAGACGGAGGAAGAUAAAGUCAAAUUGUUCAAAAUUCUCCGUAAAUCCAAGGAGCACCACUCCCUGAUCAGUGCUGCUAUUCCGGUUACGAGUGCCAGUGAUAUGGAGGCACAGUUAUCAUGUGGUUUGAUCAAAGGGCAUGCGUACAGUGUUACUGCUGUGAAAAAGGUUAGACUUGGAAAGGGACUGAUGGCUCACUUCAACCAAGAAAAAAUUCUCAUGAUUCGAUGUCGCAAUCCUUGGGGCGGAACGGAGUGGAAGGGUGCCUGGAGUGAUGGAUCUCCAGAAUGGCAGAAAGUCAGUUCCAGUGAAAAAAGAGAUAUGGGUCUCACAUUUGAUGAAGAUGGGGAUUUCUGGAUGACUUUUGAUGACUUUAUGACCUAUUUUAAGUCUAUGGACAUUUGUCACAUUCUAAACACGUCUCUGAUCACUUUCCACAAAUCCUGGAAGGAGGGGAAAGCAUUUGGUGAAUGGAAGAAUGAGAAAUGUGGAGGCUGUCCUAAUUACUCAUCAUUUCUUAGCAACCCACAGUUUAUAUUUGAUGUUGAGUUGGAGGAAGAUGAAGUUAUGAUAUCCCUGGAGCAAUGGGACAAGAGAAUUGAUAAGGAACUUGGAAAAGAGAACGAUACCAUAGGCUUCUAUAUAAUGAAGGCAGACGUUAACAGAAAGUAUCGUAUGCAUGAUAAAUUGGAGAAAGUGCAUUCAGGAACAUACAGCAAUGCCAGAAAUCAGUUCUCACGGCUGACACUGCAACAAGGGCGAUACUGCAUCAUACCUUCUACAUUUGAACCCAACUGCCCUGGUCGAUUCCUGCUGAGAGUUUAUGCUGACAAAAAUCCAGACCUUAAGGAACUGUACUUAGAUGAACCACCACCGCCUAGUUCUGGCUUUCUCGGAAUAGGAGCAAAGAAACCAAAAGUGGCUGCAACACAAAUAAUGAUCCUCAAGGCAGAGGGUCUGGAAGUCCAGGACAAAGAUGGAUUUUCGGAUCCUUACGUUGUUGUCUUCUGCGAGAAGAAAAAGGCCACCACCAGAGUGAUAAGAAACAAUGUCAACCCAGAGUUCAAUGAGCGUGUAACAUUUUAUCACAGGAAGCCAGAUGACGAAAUUACAGUGGAGAUUUGGAAUUUGAACAUGAUGAGGGAUCGCUUCAUGGCUGCGUGUACCAUAAAGAUGUCAGACAGGUCCAAGUAUGAUGGUCGCCAUGUCUUUCGGUAUGAACUUUUUGGAAAAGAUAAAGAGGCAUCUGUGCAGAAACCAGGCAUUUUAUGGCUGCGAAUUCUUCAUACCACCGAUAUGGAACGGGUCUGAUGGCCGACUCCGAGACUCUCAAAUGCUGCCAACUUGUAAUGAAUACUGCUGAUAUAUUUUUGGAAUCCUGAAUGUUUUUCAUCUCUGCUUACCAAUUACCAGAGAACCCUUUACUAGUAAUCGAAAACCAAAUUACCUUUUUCUUGUCCUUUUACAGUAUGUAUAUGAUACCUUUAAACUUUCUAGAUCCCUUUAGGCUCACAUUUGGCAAAACAAAAUGUCAUGGGCAAACAGUAUUUCUAAUGUUUUGUCAUUAGUCCUUUUUUAUAUAGUAUACACCAACUUACUGCUGGGCUAUAUUUUAUUUAUUAAAAUGUAUAUACACAGGGAAGGUUGUGUAGAAGUGUCCUUGUAACUUGAAACAUACAGUUAAUAUUAUAUCUACGAACAACUGCUGUGCUUAGAUCUGACAAUAGAAUUUUUUUUAGUUGGAUGUUUAAAUUUUUCUAUCUUUGUAUUUGCACAUAUACAUAUUAUAUUUAUACAAAAGUUUAUAUACAUGGACAUUGAUAUUUUUACAUGCUUGUCCAUGAAUGGUAUAGUAUAUUGGUUUUUGUCUCUGAAUCAGACUAGCCAUUACCUACAAGUCAUUUACAAUGUUUUAAAUAUUUAAUGCUUUAAUAAUUUUGACGAGUGGUAUACAGGUAGAAGUGUACUUGAACCUAUUUACAACAUUGUUUAGUCUUUUGGGUAGUGAAAUGCUUCUAUUUAAGAUUUAAUGUUUGCUAUCACAUUUUUUUGUAUGUAAAUUUAGAUUUCAAGGCAAUGAAGCACAGGAUUUUCAUGUACAAAAGCAUAAAUACAUUUAUUUAACAUUGCAUAUACAAUGUAUAUGUCGUCAUGAGUUUUGUCAUUUUUACACUGCAUGCUUCUACUAAUGAUGAACUUUGUGUGGGGGUAUGUUGAGAUUGGAUGUCAUUGUCAUGAUCAGCAGUAAUGCUGAUGAAAACAAAACCGGACUUGGAUUUUUUGUUGUUGAAAGAAUUGAAAUCUAAAUUUUGACCCAAGUUCUUCUCGAGAAAUCCAGGUCAGAUUUGGAUGUAAAAGGCAGAUUUACAAAUCUGUGGUGUCGUAAUCUAACAUUUGUAAAUUCAUAUAAAUUUAUUUCCUGAAGGUAUUCAAUGUAUAACAAAAGGAGAUUGAACAAUUUUUAAUGGUUUAAAUCAAAAUAAAUGUUUAUUGUUAAGUAAUGAUGAAAGUGAUCAAUAGAUCAAAUUCCCAGACUGGUAAAUGAUUAGAAGCUGCUCUUUUUGCACUUGAAAUUUUUUGAAAGAGACGUACAUCUUUGUAAAUGAUCGUAAAACCUUCAAAAUGAUACCAUGACAAUUACAAAAAUCGUUCCAUCCAUUUAUUAGAUAUGAAAUACGGUGCAAUCAUUAUACAUGGAAUACCUGAACGACAAUAAUUCAACUUCGUGAAAAUAUGUAAUUUUCUGUUUCAAGUUCCAAUUUCCAUUUACUAAAUCCAUGUAUUAUCAAAUACCCCAGAUUCAAAUUCCAAAUUGGGUGUGAUUGUUAUGAAAUGCAACGUACAAAACAACUGUAAUAGAGUGGUAAUCCAAUCAACAUUUGCUGAUGAAUGUAGGUGCCAUGUGCCAAUGGUCCUUUCUGUUACUGUUUGGGUUUAUAAUUUCUUUGCUUUGUGAACAAUUUUGUUAUGAACAAACUUAAUACCAAAGUUAUUUGGUUUAAUAUACAGAUUUUUAUGACCAAUAUGUGAAGGCAUUUUUACAGUACAUGUAUUUCAAAACAAAACUAGUGUAUAAUUUCUUAACUGACCAAUUCAGAUCAAAAUUAACUGUCUGAAAUAGUGUUGACACACGUAAAUAGAAUAAAUUCAACAUUUUUUUCUGAGGGGAUGGUUGCUAUGAUACAGAGAGCUAUUGUUGGGAUGGUUGCUAUGAUACAGAGAGCUAUUGUUGGGAUGGUUGCUAUGAUACAGAGAGCUGUUGUUAGGAUCGUUGCUAUGAUACAGAGAGCUGUUGUUGACAUGAUGAUUGUGGUCUUUUGCGUCACUGCUGCUUGUUUGUUUAUUAAGUAACUUUGAAUGUUAUAUACUCAUGUUAGACUAUUCUAGUCAAUUUGGCUAUUAUAUAUAAAGCUAAUCAACACA